AUGGGGCCCCCAAUGAGUCACCUGCUGGCUGGCCUGUGUGUGUGGGUGGCCUUGGGCCGGGUGGAGGGCUCAACCCCCUACCUGGGGCCUGCUGAGCAGGAACAGAACCAUUACCUGGCCCAGUUGUUUGGUCUGUAUGGGGAGAAUGGGACGCUGACCGCAGGGGGCCUAGCCAGGCUCCUCCACAGCCUGGGACUAGGCCGAGUUCAGGCCCUUCGCCUGGGACACCACGGGCCUCCUGCUGGCCGGGGUGCAUCCCCAGCUGGAGACAAUUCCACACACAGGCCACAGGACCCCGAGCUGAGUGUGGAUGUCUGGGCAGGGCUGCCUCUGGACCCCUCGGGGUGGGGUGACCUGGCAGAGACAGAGGCCCCAGGACCACCCCAUGGGCCAGGCCCCUCAGGCCUAGGCCUCUUUCACAGACUUCUGCUGCUGGACCAUUCACUGGCUGACCAUCUGAAUGAGGAUUGUCUGAAUGGCUCCCAGCUGCUGGUCAAUUUUGGCUUGAGCCCUGCUGCUCCUCUCACUCCUCGUCAGUUUGCACUGCUGUGUCCAGCCCUGCUUUAUCAGAUUGACAGCCGUGUCUGCAUCGGGGCCCCAGCUCCAACCCCCCCAGGGGAUCUACUAUCUGCCCUGAUUCAUAGCACCCUGGCAGUCCUGCUGCUCAGCCUACCUGCGCCCCUCUCCCUGCUGCUGCUGCGGCUCCUGGGACCUCGUCUGCUGCGGCCCCUGCUGGGCUUCCUGGGGGCUGUGGCCGUGGGCACUCUUUGUGGGGAUGCGCUGCUGCACCUGCUGCCGCACGCGCAAGGAGGGCAGCAUGGUGGAGCUGGCGGGCGGCCAGAGGAGGACCUGGGCCCGGGACGGUCGGUGCUUGGCGGUCUUUUCCUGCUCUUCAUCCUGGAGAAUGUGCUAGGGCUCUUGCGGCGUCGAGGGCGCAAGCCAAGAUGCUGCGGGCAGAAAAGAAAGGACCUCAGAACUCCAAACCUGGACCUGGAGGAUGGCAGUGGAGUGGCCCUUCAGCCACUGCAGGCAGCUCCAGAGCCAGGGGCUCAGAGACCAAGGGAGCAGGACAGCCAGCCCCCAACCGUCCCAGCCCCUCCUGGGCACCAAGGCCACAGUCACGGGUACGAGGGUGGUGGUGGCACCAACAUCACGUGGAUGGUCCUCCUGGGAGACGGUCUGCACAACCUCACUGAUGGGCUGGCCAUAGGGGCUGCCUUCUCUGAUGGCUUCUCCAGCGGCCUCAGCACCACUGUAGCGGUCUUCUGCCACGAGCUGCCCCACGAACUGGGUGACUUCGCCAUGCUGCUCCAGGCUGGGCUGCCCUUCCGGCAGCUGCUCCUGCUGAGCCUGGUGUCUGGAGUCCUGGGGCUGGGGGGCGCAGCCCUGGGGGUGGGGCUCAGCCUGGGCCCUGUCCCCCUCACUCCCUGGGUGUUUGGGGUCACUGCCGGGGUCUUCCUCUAUGUGGCCCUCGUGGACAUGCUCCCAGCCCUGCUUCGUCCUCCCGAGCCUCUCCCCCUGCUCCACGUGCUGCUGCAGGGGUUGGGGCUGCUGCUGGGGGGUGCCCUCAUGCUCACCAUAGCCCUACUGGAGGAGCAGUUGUGGCCCCUUGUCUCUGAUGACUGA